AUGGCGAAGAGCUCAACUUUGCUCGCCUUGCUCGAGGCGGAAAAUGAGCCCACGCCAAAGUUCUACAACGAAGCCGUCGGCGACACCAUGAAAAACCCUAAACAGAUCAGCUACCUGGCAGAAGACAGCGUUCGAGACGGUGUCUCCAUACUGCUUACAACCCACAGCCACCGCUUGGCCCACUUUUUCUCCUGCCUACGCUCCUUUGUGCGACCAAUGGCCAAAUCUCUGACUGCAAGCAAUAUUGCGGCGGAGACGGUCAUCUUGCUAGUUUGCAUGCUCCCUAACCUUUACCAGCUCCUGGAGCCUACAGAGGCCCUAAAACUUCUGGUUCCUGCUCUUGAUAUUUGCUUUGGUUCAAUCCAGCGUCCGGAACUACGAGAACUGGCCUCAGUGCUUGCCGAAGCUGGCUCGUUGUUGGAACACUUAUCCUCUGAUCGCCUCGGCAGUGAGAUUCUACGACAAUGGGCUUGCACACCAGGCCCGCUCACCCUCGACGCUCAGACCCUUGAGACAUGGACCCAAAGAUUCAUCAAUAUGGUCUGUUCUUGUAGGAAAGACCAUGACGUUGCGCAGGCAAUUCAGCAAUUGAGCAGCUUGAAAGAUCUCAAAACCUCCCUUCAGAGCAUAAAAACCCAUACAAAGCAUUCUAAAGACGGCUCCAACGGCUCAUCACUGGUGGCUCGACACAAGCUUUUGCCGCUUGGCAAAAUGACCCAACUUAGCAAGGAAGACAAGAAAACUCGUCUCGCCACGCGCCAAAACUUUAACAGCUCUCUCCCGCCUACUCCUGACCACGUCAAGGAUUCCUUGAAAGCUUUCGAUCUACAAAUCCCAGGCUCGAUAGACUCGCUCAUAGACGUCAUCAAGCGCCUUGAGGGCGACAAGACCACUGCAGUUUUGCUCUCGAUUGCAACAAAUUUUCCGUGCAAUCUUUGCAUUCUCGGGCUUGAAUCUUUACGGGAAGCUCCGGAUACAGGGAAAGAUGAGCAAAGCAUCGGAGCUGUGCCUAACCUGCAGAUCGAGAUACCAGAUAGGACAGUCAGACAUUGGAAGGUACUCCUGUCAAGACAAGCGCUUCGAAGUCUGUUGCAUUUGGGUAGCCACGGUCUCGCCCGUCUAGCGACGGAGAAGCUGGAAGCAAUGGAAUCUGGCAACUGGGAGCCUCCAGGUAGACUGGGUGCCGCAUCAAAAUCGCAAUCAACAAGCCUCAAGGUGCCCCUUGGUAGCACUCGUUUUGGGCAGGAUCACUGGAUCCUGUGGCAGAUUGACAUCGAAUUCGAUGAAGAUAUGGAGGCAUUGCAGCAGACGAUAAAAGUGUGGGAAGUGUGCAAAGGAUCUGACGUCUCGAAAAUCAUUGAUCGAGUCAUAUUUGUCCAACGAAGCUAUUCGGAUGAGACUGUCAGUCGCUGCCACCUACACUCUUCUGACCAUGACGGGAAGCAAAUUCCGGCGCCACUUGACGACUCUACUCUACCAUGCGGAAAUCCAGCUAAACAAAUAGUCGACCAGGACAUCAGGAUUGUAGAUCAAGAUACCAUUGAUAUGACUAACAAAUUCUACGCUCUGACGGAGCCUGUCAAGCGCUCCAUCCUUUCCAGUGAUCCAUCCGCCGAGUUCCCUUUCGAGAUAUCUAAGGAGGAAGCCCGAGUGAUUAGCCACGUCCAGACAGCAAGCCUCAUCCUAGGCCGCAGCGGAACGGGAAAGACGACGUGCCUAGUGUACAAAUUAGUCAGGAAGUAUUUGGCUAGCAGGGCAAUACUAGGUGAAAAUCCGGUUCGACAGGUGCUCCUCACACGAUCUAGCUUUCUAGCAGAAAUACUAAGAUCCCACGCACGAAUCCUAAUGAAGAGCCUGUCCUCCAAGUCUUUCACCCUAGAGUCGUCUCAGCAGGACGCACAUCCUGUCUCGAUGAUAGGCGAAGAGGGUUCUGAAAAGGAUAGCGUACUAACUCUGAGAGACGAAUCAUUUCCUCUGGUCUACACAUGGGAUCAUUUUCUACGAGUUCUCGAAAAUACGACGAGGAUAUGGCAUCGUCAGGAUUUUCCCGAGUUGACAGGCCAAAUCGUCGAAUUCUACACCUUCAAAGUGGAAUACUGGCCUCGAUUCUCGCAAACCCUCACAAAGGAAGUUUCAGUCAGUCUCGUUUUUGCCGAAAUCAUGGGUGUAAUCAAGGGUUCGGCUUCGUCGGCGGAAACUCUUGCACCUCUCCGGCGUAAAGAAUACUUGACGCGAAGCUGCCGCAUGGCGCCCACCUUUGCAAUGGAAGCCGAGCGAUCUCAUGUAUAUGACCUUUUCGAAUCGUAUGAAGCUCUGAAGGUCCGUAAGGGAGACAUGGACUAUGUUGACCGUGUUGUGAGACUACUAAGGGCAGUGCGUCAAGAUCCUUCACUGACGAAACAACUGCGAUCUACAUUCGAAGAAGUCUACAUUGAUGAGAUCCAAGAUCAGCGAUGUCUAGAUAUCGAACUUCUCUUGAGCAUUGUCAAAGACCCACGCGACAUCAAAGGAAUGUUUUUCCAGCACUUUGCUGCAGUCAGCACAUCUACAAGACAAAGCGAUCUUGCGCGCCCUGAGCUAUUCACGCUCUCCAAGAACUACCGUUCCCACCAGGGAAUCCUGUCACUCGCUUCAUUCGUGAUGAGGAUGAUAUGGCAAGGCUUUCCGGAAACAGUCGAUAAAUUGGAGCCAGAGAUCGGGAACCUUAGCGGACCGAAACCUGUACUAUUCAUCGGUGUCGACUUCAGUAUCCUCAGUUCGAGUCGUGUUGGUCACACAACACUUUCGGCAGGGACUGCCGACUUUGGCGCUGAGCAAGCCAUCCUCGUCCGCGACACGAAAAUGAAGACAGCUCUUCAAAACCACAUUGGCGACGUGGCCCUAAUCUUCACAAUUCUUGAGAGCAAGGGAAUGGAAUUUAACGAUGUGAUAACUUGGAACCUUCUCACAGACUGCCCAGAUCAGGCAGGACUGAGGAGCCUGGAGACCUUGAAGAAUGAGCCAGCAAAAUUCGACCCGAAAAAGCAUGCGGGCAUGUGUCCAGAACUAAAAAACCUGUACGUCGCAGUCACGAGAGCUCGUAAUCAGCUUUUCAUGGUUGAGGGUUCCGAAACAACAGCGGCAUCGGUUUUGAAGCUGCUCGCCCAUGCUUCCUCGAAACCGCUUGUUGAAGUGACACGACCCGGGCAAGAAGACUUCGCGAUGAGACUUGAUUCACUGCGGCCAGAUUCAUCGGUCGAUCCUGUGGGAUGGCGCCGAAGGGGCGAUGAGUGUAUGCGUAAGCAAAUGUACAAACGCGCACUCAUGUGCUUCCGCAAGGCAGGAAAUGAACAUGGAGAGGCAGUUGCACAAGGCUACAUAUCGGAAAAAGACGCAACAUCUUACGAUCCCGACACUGAUCCCGAAGAGUUCACUCGCCAUCUUGGAGUUGCAGUUGAGCAUUUCCUGAAGGCAGGUUUCAUUGAAGAAGCAGCCAGAGUUCUCAUAAGAUUGAAAAAGCUUGAAGAUGCGGCAAAAUUGUGGGCCCAGCACGAUGACCACGGGAAGGCUGCGCGUCUUUAUGCCAAAGCUACUCUCUACAUGAAGGCUUUUGACAGUCAUCACAGCGCUCGGGAGUACAGUGAAGCUGCUGCAAUGCUACGAAAAGAGAGAAAGUACGAUCUAUUGGUUUCCUACCUGGACGAUAACCACGGAAACAUUCCCGCCAACACAUUCCGAGGCCACAGCCUCCUGUGCAAGCUCUUACUCAAGCAGAACAGAAUUUCACCUGAAUACCGCAAACAUGCGAUCAACGUUCUCGGAUCUUUGGCUGAGCAAGAAGCAUGCUUCAUUGAGUACCGAAUGGACGAACAGCUUGCGAACCUAUAUAUUAGUCAACAGAGGCACAGAGAUCUCUUCCAUCACUAUUCAAGAAAGGGAAAGCUGGAGCGAGCGCUCAACCUUGCAAUAACAGAGAAUCUGUUGCAAUCCACCGCCGAUGGUCUGGAACCCGGGGUGCUAAGGUUGAUAGAUUAUCUCUGGGCCGGUCACCUGGAGAAAUAUUCCCAGCAGCACUCUGCAGCGUCUCUGAAGUUGCCGUCAGGAUUUCUCACGCCCAAUGUCGUACUCAGAGCCGAGCAAUGGGAGACCAGUAAUCUCGUCUAUAACGUGGAAGCCUCCAUCGCUCAUCAGCAUGUUGCCAGUAUAGAGAGUACAGUACCAAAACAAGUCUUGUGUCUUCGAAAGAUUCUCGACGCUACAGCCAUCACCCGGAUAGCCAAUCUGGAUGACUUGCCCUUCGAAAUGAUGCAAGAGGCUAUCAAGUUCGCCAGGGAUCUGACUCUCGACAAUAAUAGCGACGCGCUGAAAACAGUGCUGCUUCUUACCGGCCUAUGGAAGCCAAGAAAUGGCCAAGAAGGUUCCAUCACUUUACCGUGGUCGCCCCUCCGAGAGACUUUGACCCUUGUCAGCAAUGAUGACCCCACCAAAGUCGCGAAGCAAUGGGUUCUCGACCGCCUGGUGUCAGCAAUCUUAGCGUUAGACGUGAAGGCGAGACAUUUGUGGAAGAAGAAGUGGCCAAAAGGCUGUGUGCAGUUCAUGACAGUAGGAUUCUGCCCUAAAAAUCGAAAAGGGGAAAAAUGCGACUGGCCACAUCGCACUGUCAGUGCAGGCGAUUGUUCUGGAAUGCUUGAUGACUUGUUACGGGUGAAUACUAUCUUCUGUGACUCGGCAGUACUCUACUAUCGUCGAUCCAUGAAUGGGAUAUUCCGAGAAAAGUACAUGGGUAUCAAACGCCAUUGGCUAGAACGACUUCUUCGGGAGCUUACCCAUCUCUCCUCUGUGGAACAAAACACUUCAGCCAUCAUGAGGACGCAGGCGGAGCUCUUUUGUGAUAAGAGAUUCAUUGCUGUAUCUUCUUUUCUCGAAGAGUUGCUCUACUUCCGCCUUGGGAAUGAGUGGAAGCAGAGGAGCGAUUUUACCUCUUUGCUCGAACAGAUGCAACUUGCCAAAGCUUUUGGUUCAAGUGUGCAAAACCGUCUUUUCCGAGCUUUGUCACACAGACUGCUCAUUGACCAGAGAGAUCUUCUACAACGUCACUUAGUUCUUUGUAACUCACUCAAAGAGAACAUCGGCCGCUGGAACGCUUCAAUGUUUCAAAACAACCUCAUGACCUUCCUUGGCAAUCUUGACAACAUUGAGGUUCCUGCAUUAUCAACCCUCCAUUCAUUGACUUCCAUAUUCGAGUACUUGGCGACUUACCUGAUACUGAAGACGUGCGUCACAGCAUGUGCGAUUCCCAACUCGUGGAUUGACCUGCACGUUGCAUCGAUCGGCAAGACCUUCCAUACGCUCGAGCCGCUGCAAGAGGACGACAAGCACAGAUACCAGCAAUGCCUUAUCCAAUCAACAAAGAGCUUCUGUCAUAUCCUCAACCGGCUGAAUCAAGCUGCCCCGUCAAAGGAUUUCCUAUUGUGCAGCGGUAACACCCACCCAUCAUUGCUAUUACGGCAACGCAAUGCGGAAUUAGUCGCCAUUGCAGUAGCCAAUUUGGCAGCCACGUCUCGCGAACGGCCGAAUGGUUUCAAUGAUGUAUGGGCCGAAGCUAAAAAGGUUCGCUCCUCAGAGACUAAUUUUUGGUCUCGGCAAGUGCUGACGCUUGCGAACCAGGUCUUUGAAUUUGACUUCAUUAAAGCUUUUCACCUGAGAAGCCGCAACCCUGAUGACCUCACCCAAAAGCUCGUACCUUCAUUCGCAAAAUACAACGGGAAAGACGCUCUUGUGGUGGUAACCAAGGAUCGAAAGAAAGUUUCCGUCUUCACCAAUCUUGAGCACCAGCUCGGCGUAAGGACCGUCCCAUUCGACCAAGUGUGUCCGCGAACACCGCCUCCUGCAGCUACCCACGGUUCCGCCAACACUCCUCCUUCCGCGUGCACGGAUAAUCCACAGGAGGAGUAUACAUCAGCAGAGAUGGAAGCAAUUAUCAAGACUCAACGCUUGUGGAGGUCUUGCUCCCGCAAAAUCAAGAACCGCCGCUCUUACAUGCAACUUCCCGAGGCCCGUGCUAUCGCACACUUCAUCUUCCUGGGCGCUGGACUACCGGGCACGCUCGCCUUCAUAGAUGGAGUUGCCUUCCGACAUGUACUGAUCUCACGGGGUAUGGCAAUGUCAUUGAAACUGGCGGUAGCGCAUGACACGCUGUCUAAAUUACAGCAAGACGCAAUGACAUGCAUCGAGAAAAUGGAAAUAAGUACUGGGUCGUUCGAAUCUGUGGAUGACAUUUUACAUCGGAACAGUCGCGUCGAGAUCUUGUUGAGAAAAGCUGACGAGAAGACGUCUGAUGAGUGCAUAGCGGGAGUGGUGAAGCUGGGCGCACUAUCUGUGUUGGAGGAGGAAAUGAAGGGUAUUGAAGAAAUUGUCGCGGAAGCUGAGCAAGAUAUGUUGGAGACGAGGGAGAUGGUAGACAAGGUGUCCUGA